AUGCGAACCCAGAAGCUGGUGAGGUUGACGGUGUUGCAACAUCUCCGAAACCACUAUGGUAUAAGGAUCAAGAGCUCUCGACGGGGGGAGGUAGAAGACCUGCAGGAGUCAGCAAAUGAAGCUAAGGGAAAACUAUUUGGAGUACCGAUUUCUAAACUACCCCACUCAUUUGUUCCAGGAUAUGGAAAUAUUCCAAGCUUUCUUGUUGAUGCUUGCACAAGUUUGGAAAAAUAUGCUCAUAUUGAGGGGCUUUUUAGGAAAUCUGGAUCAUGUAUCCGUCUGAAAGCACUGAAGAGCAAAUUGGAUUGUGAUGAAAGGUGUCUAGAUGAUGCACUUUCGUGUGAUAUCUCAGGACUUCUUAAGCAAUUUUUUAGGGAGUUGCCACAACCCAUCCUUCCAGUUAAUUUGCAAGAAGCUCUUAUCAAAGCUCAACAUUUGGAAACAGAGAAGAGUACUGCUACAAUAUUGAUCUCUUGUCUUAUGCCUGACAAUAUAAUUUCCAUAUUACGAUACUUCUUCAACUUUCUCAGGAAUAUUUCUCUUAGAGCUGAUGAGAAUAUGAUGGAUAGCGGUAAUCUUGCAGUAAUACUUGCUCCAAACCUCUUUCAGUCAAGUGAUAGUCAGGAAAAAAUGUCAGCCAACACAGAAAAAAAGCUUCGACUUCAAGUUGCAGUAAUAAAGACCUUAAUUGAUUGUGCAGCUGAUAUAGGAUGUCUGCCAGCGUUUAUCUUAGAAAAACUUCCAGUCAUGUUGGGUCUGGAUGGUGCCUGUUCCUCCCAGGCUGUAGAGGGCUAUGAAGAAAGUGAAUAUGAGUCUUCUAUUGCACAGAAGAGAAAAAGAAGACAGACUAUAGGCAAUUUUGUUACUGGAGCACUGAAUAAGCUUAAAUCUAACAGAACGCCCUCCUCUACACCUCAGCAAGAGAAAACUGCUUUGCAAUCAGUGACACCAGUGUUUGUUACACCUAAUACAAAACGAAAACUACCAAUGGAUUCUUCUUCACAUGGCUAUUCAAGCAAAAAAAUGAAGUCUAUUCUAGACAGUUUCAACAUUGAGUUCUUACCAAGUAGUCUCUUCCAUGGUGUUUCAACACCAGCAUCAGUUCAAUUUUUAGAUAGUCCUGGAACAUCUUCUCAGAAUUCAGUCUCCCCCAUAGCUGUCAGUGGAAAUCUGUCCAAUACAAGUGUUCAGAGGCGAAGUAAAAGGAUUGCAAGCAAAAAAGUAUGCAGGGUGGAAUCAGGGAAAGCAGGUUGCUUCUCCCCUAAGAUAAGUCGUAAAGAAAAGCUCCGAAGAUCUCUUCGUCUUAAGUUUAGUCUGAAGAAAAGUAGCAGAGAUGUAAACAGAUAUUCCGGAGUGACAAGACAUGAACAUGUUGGACGACGACUUGCAAGUCAACAAGAUUUUAAAAAUAGAAUUCAGUCUGUAAAAACUGGACUCCUUUUCAGCCCAGAUGUUGAUGAAAGGUUAACAAAGAAAGGGUCAAAACAUAUCAGCAAAUCUGAGGAAAACUUGCUAACUCCAGAACAAACAGAUGGUAUGAAUUACCAAAUGUCUUGGACUAAACCUAAUACAAGUUUUCAAGAAAUUAGUACAAAUGGGACAUCACUUCUUGUGGGAACCUUUGAAAAGGAAAACAAUCCUUCUGGACCUGUUUUUACGGUUGAAAUGUCACCUGAAUUUCCCUGUGAAACUACAGAUAUUAAUGUAAAUGAUCAGCAUGAAAACAGCUUAACUGGGAACUCAAUAAAAGGAGAUGAAAAUAGUUUAACCACAGAAACUUUAAUGAAAGUUCAGAAAGCAUUUUCUGAAUCUGGAAGUAAUCUUAAUACUUUGAUAAGUGACAAACCUACAUCAGGGUAUGAUUCAAGGAAAGAAAACUUAAAUGAAAUACCCAAUGUAGAAUUUAGCCCAGAGGAAAAUAUAUUUGAAGCUAAAGACUAUGAUGAAGUGACAAUGAUAUCGAAGGAAAAGCAUGAUGAAAAUCAUACCAAUAAAGAGAAUUCCAUUGUUUCAGAAAGAAACUUCUUAGUUGGUCAAAUUCAAAAUCAGGUAAAAGAUACAACUAUGGAAUCUCAUACAAUUCAGAAAACAAUUAAGUCAGAUGAAAAUCUUCAUUUAAAUACUUCCUUGGACUAUUUAAAUGAGCAAGAAUUUCCCAGGAAUGACCAAACAAAUAAACAAGAACUCCCUGGAGUAAAAGAAAUCCUUACAAUACAAGAGACUAAAACUAAUAUUAAAGAAAAUGAACCAAGUUGUUCUAAUUCUGAGGAAGUUGUGACUAAAUCUUUAGGGCAGGUUACAUGUCAUAUAUCAAAGUUACAAAAGCCUAGGAACAUAAGAAGUAUUAAGCAGCAGUCAUUGGUCCAAACUUGUGAUAAAACUCUUUCAGGGGAUUUUCAAAUGUCAGAACAUGGAAAGGUUUCAGACCACAUACAUUGGUUUAACAAACUUUCAUUAAAUGAUGAUUCAAGGACUGAAAGCAAAGUUAAGUCACCUCUAAAGUUUCAGCGUACUCCUGUUCGUCAGUCUGUCAGAAGGAUAAAUUCCUUAAUAGAGGUGUAUAGACAACCGGAAAAGUACAGAUCAGUCAGUGCUAAAGAGAUGCCUUCCCCAUUGGUUAAAUCUGUAAGCUGUGAUGGUGCUCUUUCCUCUCAUAUAGAAAAUACAUCAAGUACUUCCUCUGCUGCUCUUUGUUAUUCAGAUCAUAAGCAAGAGCAAAAGUCUAUGCCACCUGACCAGUCAAGCACAGAGCCAACUUCUAAAUCAAGCUCAGAGUUAUCUUCUAAAUCUUACUCAGUGGUGAAGAGACUCUCAGACUCAUGGAAUACUUCUCUGAGACCUUCAAGAGUUUGCAAACAGAAGGUGAUACUUGGUAGCCAAAUAAAGUCAGUCUUGGAUGACCUAACUAAUCAUGAAUCAUUAAAAUCUGUUGUAAAUACAAGUACCACUUUUUCUGUUGGUACACAAGAAAAGAAUAUUGUCAGAAAGCCAUCAGGAAGAGAAAGGGUUUGGUAUAAAGGUUCUCCAAAGAAUCCCAUAGCAAAGGUUCAGCUACUGCCAACAACUAAGCCUCUGGAAUUGUAG